AUGGAUGAGCAACAUCUUGCACCUCUUUCUGCUGAUGAAGAUUCACGUUUUGAUGGUUAUAGUAGUUCUGAUGAUGCAAGUGUUGAAGUUACUUCAACCAUUGACGAAUGUGAAAAUGAAUUAGUACGUUUAUCAACAUAUCUUCAAUUGGAAUCUGAAUUCGACAAUGAUGAUGAUCAAGCUUUUGAAUGGCCUGAAUCACCACCAACAUUACUUUCUUCAAGCUCAUCUGAUAUUGAAGAAUUAGCUGAUUCUCAACAGGUGGUAUUGUCCAUAACGUCAUUUAAUAAUGGUGAUGCUCAAGAAAAAUCUAAGAAAUGUAAACGACGUCAAUGGUCAAUAAUAGAAAAGCUUGAUGCUAUCGCACUAUUUGAUAAAAAUCAAAGUAAACGUAAAACUGCGAAUGAAAAAGGAUGUACACCUGCUCAACUACGAAAUUGGAUUCACAAUAAAGAAAAUUUGUUAAAGAUGUACAAAAAUAAAAAAGGUGGUAAACGAAAACGAUUAGAAGGUGGUGGUAAAAAAGUCGUUUAUGCUGAUCUUGAUAGUCGACUUUUUACCUGGUAUCGAUCACGAAGAACCGAUCCUAAUGAUCAAUCUCGUGCUGCACCUGAUAUACAAAGAGAAAGAGUAACUCUUCGUCAUUUGGAAAAAGAAGGUCGUCGAAUUGCUAAAGAAUUAAAUCAUUCUUCACCAGUAUCAAGUUGGUAUUUACGUUUUUUGAAGCGUAAUGGUUUAUCAUUACAACGACCCAAGAGACAAGAUAAAGUACCACUUGAUGAAGUUCAUCGUUUAGCUAAUUCUUUUUAUAUGUUCAAUCGUCGUGCAAGUUCAUGGUCAAUUCGACGUGGUCCGAUGGGUGCAUUUAUUCCUGAAGACAUUUGCAAUAUGGAUGAAUCUCCAUUAGCGCUUUUUGGUGAUCAAGCUAAAAGGUCUGUUAAUGAUAUUGGUACAAGUAAUGAAAUCAAUGGGUACAUUAGCAACAAGAGAUUUUGCACCGUUUUACUUACUGUUUUUGGUAAAAAUCAACGAAUGAAACCAGUGGUACUUUUUAAAGGUAAAGGUAAUAUUGGUGUUAAUGAACGUGAACAGUAUUCAAAAGAUGUACAUGUUAUUUUUACACCAAAAGCUGUAAUUAAUGGACAAUCAAUGGAUACAUAUAUUAAUAAAUGGUUAGAAAAGGUGCAUGAUGGUCAUCCUAAACUCUUUAUUGCCGAUUCAGCGAAUUCUCAUUUAAAACCCGAAAUAAUUCAAAAGUUACGAAAGAAGAAUGUUGUGGUAUCUAUUAUUCCAAAAGGGUGCACACAAUAUCUACAACUUCUUGAUACAGCAGUUUUUUCGGUAUUCAAGAAUCACUAUCAAGCUGCUGCUGAUGAAUAUAUUGAUUGUUAUAGUUCACGUAGCAAAAUUAAAUUAACAGCUAAACAACAAAGAAUUCUAUGUACUCGUUUAAUUUCAACAGCAUGGAUUCGUACUCAAAAAAGUAUCGAUUUUGAACGUGCGUUUCUUGAUAUUGGUUAUACAUGGGUGGAUGAAUCUCCUGUUUCUAUUCGAACCUUAAAAGGAUUUAUUUUUGAUCCAUCAACAGUAACUUCUUCGACAUUCAAUGAUGAUGAAAAUGAAGAAAAAGAAGAAUAUAAUGCAAAGAAAACAACGGUCGAAGAAAAAAAAAAGAACUCACAUUUGUUAAGCAUCAUCAACAACAACAAAUUGAAACAGCUCAGCUUAGAUCAGUUUAUCAAAAAAUGAAAUUUGAUUGUAGUUCAUUUUUGUUUUUCAUUUUUUUGCAUUUUUACUUUGUACUUUUACUUUGUAUUGAAAAUAUAAUUAUGAUGAACUAAUUCAAUUAUAUCUUAAUGUAAUAUAAUAACGAUAUCUGAACCUCUGUGAACAGAUAUUCAUAUUAGAAGACCACUCAUAAUAGAAGACCCCUCUAAAGAAUUUUUACACUAAACCAUAAUAGAAGACCCCGAGUCUUUUAUUGUAGGGGGGGGUUUAGUACAUGUAAUUGAAAAAUUUCGACGUAAAUGCAACAUUAUCAAA